AUGGAGCUGCGCCAGGUGGUCGCUCUGAGCGCCACCAGCGUCGUCAUGUGCUUCUCGACCCCGGAGCACAGCGACUGCAGGCUGUCCCGCGACGCCUCCUUGCAGGCCGCGGCCCACAACCGCUCCCUGGCGGGCGCCCUGGCCGCCCCCGAGGGGGCCGGCCAGGGCGACCUGCCCUCGGCGGCCGACGCCGACCGAGGCGCCGCCGCCGCCCCCGAGGGGGCCGAGGCGGGCGGCCAGCCCCGCGGCGCCGCCCCGACGGAGGAGGCUGCCCAGGGCGGCCAGCCCGGCAGCGCCAGCGCAGGGGAGGCGGGGUUUCUCCCGGCGCUCCAGUGGGAGCCCCCGCAGCAGUUCCACGGCUCGCGCGUCGGCCACCUGGAGGUCCAGCGGCUGUCCGCGGGCGCCUUCGUCGUGUGCUUCGACCACCCCGCGGGCCCGGCGGCGGAGGCCGCCGAGGACGGCGCCAGCCCCGAGCAGCACGCCGUCGUUUGCAGCCUCGGCGCCGUGGCCCCCGCGGGCGGCCUGCAGCCCUUCGGCCCGCAGCUGCGCCUCGGCGCGGGGCGGCUCGUCGCGGUGGUGGCCCGCGGCAACGGCCGGAGCUUCUCCGUCUGCGCGCGCGGGGCGGCCGCGGAGGCCAACGCGUCGGAGGCGCACUGUGCCGCCUCGCCGCAGGCGCCCGAGGCCGCCACGGCGGAGGGAGUCGGCGGCGCCUGCGCCGCUGGCGCGGGCGAGGCCGAGGAGGACGCCGCCGCGGCGGCGGCCUCGGGCGGCGUGACCUGCCGCUGGGCCGAGGUGCAAGGCGCCGCCGGGGGCGGCUCGCCACUGCUGCGAUGGGCAGGCGAGGAGGUCAAGGUCCAGGGCCUCUGAGGCGCCGCGCCGCGCCCACGGGCGCCGUCGGCCGCCCGCCGUUGCCGGGUUGGACCGCGGCUCCCGUUUCUGCACCCGUCCGCGGCCUCGUUUGAUUGCUGUUUCGCCCGAGGCGGCAGUCUUUUUUUGCACUAUCACCAGCGCUUCAUGCUCAGGCCCUUCGUUCGCGCAACGUCAGAAACGAUGAAUUAAUCGGA